GGUUCUGAACAAGCGGCUCAGUGGAACCGAGCCAUGUUGUUCUCCAGCAGGGUUCUGCAGCCGUGGUUCUUCUCUGUGUUCCUGCUCUGUUCUCCGGUUCCUCACGACGGUCGUCCGGUUGAUGCCCUGAGCAGCAGAACGAAGCGCUCAGUGACGCACACCCAGCUGAUGCACGACAAGAGCCGGACUCUCCAGGACUUCCGGAGGCGCCUGUGGCUUCAUGAGCUCCUGGGAGUCCUGCACACGGCAGAGACCCACAACCAGCUGACGGGCGGGGGGGGCAGCGGCGGGGUCAGCCUCCCCGGGGUCCACCCCAGCACCACCGGCACUGCCCCACACACCAAACCCCCCGGAGGAACCAAAAACCUCCCCAUCAGCUCCCAGCCGGAGGGGGAUGAGGACUCCAACCUGCCCCAGGAGACCAACAAGUCUCAGACAUACGAGGGGCCCCUGAAGGGCCCCGGCAGGAAGAAGAAGAAAGGAAGGUCUGGGAGGAAGAGGGAGGGUGAGAAGAGGAAGAGGAGGGUGCGCUCCUUAAGGUGGAUCCUGGAGGAACAAGACCAGACUGGACUUCACCUGGAGUGGAGGUCUCUGCUGGGCCUGAGGAGGGUGCUGUGACACCAUCAGGUUCUGACCACGAACCCUUCAGGCGAACUCGUCGGACUCCUGAAUUCUCACGACUCCUCCUGUGGAAUUGUGAUUGUUUGGAAAGAAAAG